UGCUGUGUGACCUUGGCCAGGUCACUUCUCCGUGCCUCAGUUCCCUCCUUUGUAAAAAGGAGAUGGGAGACUGAACCCCACUUGCGACAGGGACUGUGUCCAUCCAGGUUUGCUCGUCUCCACCCCAGUGCUUAGUACAGUGCCUGGCACAUAGUAAGCGCUUAGCAAAUACCAUCAUUACUUAUUAUUACUCCACACACAGCGCUCCGCCCCUUCGGGUCCUCAACCGCAGGAGCGCACACUGCUCAAGCACAACAGAGCCCAAGGGUGCUCACCCCCGUCUAGUACAGUGCUCCGCACCCGGGGGCUGUCCUGAACGGUCAGUGGGAGGGUCUCCUCGUCCCGGGGUCGGCGUUCCGGAGAGGAGGCCGGUACCUUCCGUUCUUGGAUGGGGUCUCUGGACCGUGUCCACUCUGGUCAUCUCGCCACCCGUGUCCGCGUCGGACGGAUCGCACUCGCCUCCCGGGAGGCUGGACGUCCUCUCCACAGAGAUCUCCCCGCUGGCUUUUCCGCAGAGACACCCUCCCUCCCCUCUUCCUGCAUCCAUGAGGGCCCUGGCCUGGAUCUCCGUGUCUCUCCUGGCCCUGGCUAUCUCUCCUCCAGGGCGGUGUGACCUGAAUCCCUCCCGCUGCUGGAACGCCAAGGGGAAGUGCAAGGACAGGUGUUCGGGCCUAGAGAACGUCAUGUCCCUCUGCCGAAAUCAACACCUGUGCUGCGUCCCGUCCAAGUACACCCCGCUACUGUCUGGGCGCACCCCGAAACCCACGCCGCCACGGCCAGAGUAGCCCCCGCACCCGGGGCCCACCGGGAGGGGACGGGAACCGCGUCCGAGCGCUCAGUACAGCGCUCAGCGCCCGGCGGGGCGCUCAAUAAACACCCUGGGUCG